AGAACCUUGUAUUCCUGUUAACCUUAACCUUCUUAUCUCUGUUGCCUGUGGUGCAGGGUUGCAGGAGUAAUCAUAUUAAAAAAAGAAAAACCCUAUCUAAGAGUCAAGCAAGCUCCUGCAUCCAUCUGAAUAUGAACGAACAAUCAGAAAAUGUCAUGGAUUUUUACGAAAUGGAAUUGGAUGAGCGCAUCUUGAAAGCUAUAGCAAAGCUCGGGUGGCAAAAACCUACCUUAAUUCAAGAAAAAUCUAUUCCUUUGCUACUUGAAGGGAAAGAUGUUCUUCUAAGAGCCAGAACUGGUUCCGGAAAAACUGCUGCCUUUGCAAUACCCGUUAUUCAGAAAAUACUGAAUGGUAAACAGACCUCUAUGCAUCAGGAAACGAAGGCUUUAAUUCUAGCUCCAAGUAAGGAGUUAUGUCAGCAGAUAUGUCAGGUAAUCAAACACUUGACUACAAAGUGUUCUAGGGAAGUUAAGUGUAUAAAUAUCGCUUUAAGUGAUGACAUUACUUCACAAAAGCCUCUUUUAGUUGAAAAACCUGAUUUGAUCAUUUCAACUCCUGGCAAGGUUUUACAGCAUAUAAAAGCUCAAAAUUUAAAUUUAAAGACUUCAUUAGAUAUGCUUGUUAUUGAUGAAGCUGAUUUAAUAUUUUCUUUUGGAUUUGAAAGUGAAGUCAAAGAGCUUUUGCAAUUUUUGCCUAAUAUUUUUCAAGCAAUUUUGGCAUCGGCUACAUUAAGCAACGAUGUACAAAAUUUAAAAAAACUAGUUUUACACAAUCCAGUUACUUUAAAGUUAGAAGAACCAGAUUUAGCUCCAGCAUCCCAGUUGUCUCAUUACCAUCUUCACGCUGAAGAACUUGAUAAAGCAACUAUACUAUAUGCUCUGUUGAAAUUACAUCUAAUUAGAGGCAAAACAGUUAUUUUUGUCAAUACUGUAGAUAAAUGUUAUAAACUUAAGUUAUAUCUGGAACAAUUUGGUAUACGUACUUGUGUUCUUAACUCAGAACUUCCAGCAACAAUAAGAUGUCACUCUGUUAAUCAAUUUAAUCAAGAUGUUUAUGACAUUAUUAUAGCAUCAGAUGAGAAAGCUCUUGAGGCACCAGGUGCAAUAGAAGAUUUCAAAGCUAUAAAAAGCUCAAAAAGAGACAAAGACAAAAACAGUGGAGUAGCAAGAGGCAUAGAUUUCCAAUGUGUGGCAAAUGUGAUAAAUUUUGACUUUCCUCUAGAUUCCAAUUCCUAUAUUCAUAGAGCAGGUCGCACCGCUAGAGGAAACAACCAAGGAAGUGUUUUAUCAUUUAUAAGCUUGAAGGAAAAACCUUGCCUUACAGAGAUUGAUAAUUAUUUCAGAAAACAUGGAGAAGAUAAAUCAAUCUUUAAGUUGUAUCAGUUUAAAUUGGAAGAGGUAGAAGCUUUUAAGUAUAGAGCAAAAGAUGCUUGGAGAGCAGUAACAAAAAUAGCUAUUAGAGAAGCACGUUUAAAAGAAAUUAAACAGGAAAUUUUAAAUAGUGAAAAGUUGAAAAGUUAUUUUGAGGACAAUCCAACAGAUCUUAAAGUGUUAAGGCAUGACAAGGCUCUGCAUACAGUUAGAAUUCAACCCCACUUAGCAGACGUCCCAGACUAUAUCGUUCCUGAUACACUGAAAGCACUGACUGGUAUAGGAAAGAAAAACAAACGGAAACGGAAAAAUAAAAUUAUGCAACACAGCACCAAGCUUAAAGCAAAAAGGAGUAAUCCACUUCUUAGUAUGCAGUUCGAAGAUUUUAAGAAGAAAAAAAAGAACUAAUAUUUUUUGUGUAGCACUAAUAAAUAUUAAUUUUAAACCUU